AUGGCGGAUUAUCUACCUGGAUAUCCUCGAAGUCGGGGAGGAUACUUCGGUGCAGCACACUCGCAUGCCUCCGAUGAUGCCCUGAUGGAGGAGCUCUACACUGAGCCCGUUGCGGUCGUGGAGAAGCCUACGAAUAUCACAGAUGACGACAUUGCCAUCGCCAUCAAGACCUGGAAUACGUCGGCUCGUAUAGCUGGGUCGAGGCGAGGAAGCCGACGGUGGUCGUGCCAGGCUCCACAACAACCACCUACGCCGGACGUGAACAGCCUCGCAUCGAACCUGUCCGCUAUGAGCAUGAAGUCUGGCGAGAAACGAGGCUUCGAUGUUGACAGAGAUGCGUCGACUGCGGAGCUCGACGUCAUCCGAGCGGCCGUGCCCGUCAAUGGCGUGAAGUACGACUGGGUGGGCACGUACCCGCAGCUCUACUUCUCGCAGACACAGUGGCGUUACUUGGCCGUCCACAACCAAGGCAACUUUACGGAAGUGCGAAAGCGCGCGUUGGACGAUCCGGAGAUGAAGCGCAUCGAGGCAAAGCUGCGGGGCGACUUCAAGAAACUGAGGUCUGCCCUUCGGGCUAUCCAAGACCUCGUCGUCGAACACGGGGACAGGGGCAGGCUCAGCCUGGUCUUCGAGGACAGCACUCUCCGGGUCUUCGGACGGAAGACUCAAGAGAGUUGCCUUCCCGAUACCAUGCUGAGGCGGUUUGAAGGGCUAUGA